UGAUGGUGCAACAGAGAUUUCAGUAUCACUUAAUUUAACUAUGCAGUUCAAGAGAAAACUGGUUCUUGUGCAAUAACGACGACCUUCUGAAUAUAUUAUUUAGUUAUGCAAACUCCUCCACCCCUCUUCCGACCCACUCAUUUUAAUAAAACGCCAAAAAGUUAUGUAACUGGGCAACUAAUCUUCCGUAAUCUUGAGCAAGGCAUUUAAAUACAAAGAAUCAACCUGGUUUGUGUGAGGGCCGCGGAGCAGCGCAAAGGAAAGCGAGAGAGAAAAGGAGGCAAAGUCCACUCGGGACGAUUGCAACUGUUCAUGUCCACCCCGUGUCUGCAAAGCUUCCUGCCGUUCUCCCAACCGUAAAGCCUCCUGCGGCGGGAGCUGCUCCGAAUGAACGCUUGAAGGGGAGAAGGAGAAAAGGGAGAAGGAAAAGGAGAGGCUGCUGAGUUCUGCUCCCGGCUGAACAAUGAAGACCUCUUCGCUCGCUCUCUGCCAUUGCCUGGUUUUUGCCUGGUACGCGUUUCUAAUCCAUUCGAUCACCCAUCUACUGGACCCAGAGAAAAAGACGGGCAUCCCUGGCUACGCCGGGCCGUGGAAAUUCUUGACGUGUCUCCAUGUGGCUUUGCAGGCUAUUUUCUAUGGGGUCUCCUUGCUGGCUGACGUAUGUGUACUAACGAAGAAAUAUCGAAUUGCCAAGUCCAUAUUUCCCCUCAGAGACUUGAUCUUUGCUAGCCUGGCUUUUCCUAUGAGCAUGUUUGUGUUUACGAUCUUUUGGAUAUUAUUCUCUUAUGAUCGGGAGCUGGUUUUUCCUAAGAACCUCGAUUUAGUCAUUCUUCCUUGGUUGAAUCAUGCUAUGCACAGUGCUAUAUUUCCAUUAACCCUGUUAGACAUGUUUAUCACACCUCGCCGUUAUCCAUCGAAAGCUAAAGGGUUAACAUUAACAGCUGCUACAGCUUUUGCCUAUAUGGGUUGGAUGGAGCAGAUUCGCAUGGUAACUGGGAAGCGACCCUACCCUAUCUUUGAGGCUCUAAGUCCAUUUGGUAUAGGAGUGUUAUUGCUUGGUUCCUUUGUCUUCGUCGUGAUUUUCUAUAAUGUAGGAGAAUUUCUCUGCCGCAUGAUUUGGGGUGACUCAAUAGUAUUACUUGAUGUUUACAAGAAGAAAAGUAAAUGAAACUUCGAAUGGUGCCAGAGUGGAUUAUGAAAGAGGAAGAUCUGUGUGAAACCUUCUCUCAUCCCUGUUUAACAUUUAUUGUCUUUAAAUGAAUCAAGAGAUUAAAAAAAAUAAUCAACCACACAAACCUGGAUUUGGGGAAUCUGACUGGACAGAACCCUUUCAGGACUCUGGAGGCAUUCACUGGACUUCACAAAGGUUAGGAUGGAUCCCCCAGUACAUCAAGCCACAUGCCAGGCCUACUGAAAUGCCCUGUCUUGUGCCAAUUCAAUCACUGGUGCAUGGGAUCCCCCAAGGCUGCAAAUUUUCUGGCAUGGAUUGCAGCUGCCCUAUUACCCUUGCCAUCCCUGUGCAGAGGUCUGGAGGUCAAUGGGCCCGAUCCGCACUGGGAGAGUCAUGGCAACCUCACAGGCCUUGUGCAUCAGGGUCACAUUGCUAUGGAAACUAAAGUUCCCACAAUGCCAGGCAAAGCUAGAGGCCUACUGCAGCUCUUCUGGUGCAGGUAAGACCCUUCCACCUCUCUUGAAGAGUCAUCUGGGGUAGGGAGAGAUGAGGUAGGGCCUGUACUAGGAGGAUUUCUGCAGGCUUGGAGAGGUUUUGGCUCUGAUUAAAUGACUGCCUUGGUGCGAACAAGAUCCUAGAGGCUUGUGGGCCUAGAGGAGCCAAGCCAGAUCAGUUUUGGAAUUAAGAGUAACAAACCCAACACCUGGGGCUUGUCUUGACGAAGGCUUUGCCCCAGGGUGGAUUUGGAGUGGCGGCAGGUCAUCUAUACGACGCAGCCCCCAUCCCGAAGCCAUCUAGGGGCAAACCUCCUAAAAUCCACUCCAAAAAAGUCUGGCACUUACCUCAACGUUUUUGGACACAGAAGCGUGCUGUAGCUGAUGAGGACCACUGAUUGGUCGCCAUCGGCUGGAGGAGGGCAGGUUCGGGUGCCGCACGUCCCUCUCUUCCUCCCCCUCUGGCUGCCCUGUUCCUUCCUUUCCCUUUUUAUUUAUUUUUUUAUCUAUAGAUGCGAUCCUUCGCAUCUAUAGAUAAAAAAAUUAAUAAAUGUGGGGGGGAGAGGAACAGAACAGCCAGAGGGGGAGGAAGAGAGGGAUCCUCCCUCUGACUUCCCUCUUGCUGCCCCCUUCCUCUCCCACCUGUUUUUAUUUUUAUUUCUUAUCUAUAGAUGCGAUCCUUUGCAUCUAUAGAUAAAAAACAACAACAAACUCUGUGUGUGUGUGUGUGUGUGUGUGUGUGUGUGUGUGUGUGAGUGAGUGAAAGGAAUGGGGCAGCGAGAGAGAGAUCAGAGGAAGGAGAGCCAGUUCAUGUCCCUGUCUUUCUCCCCCUCUGCCUGCCCGGUUCCUCUCCCCACUGUUUUUUGGUUUUUAUUUUUUUUAUCUCUAGAUGCAAAGGAUCGCAUCUAUAGAUAAUAAAAAGGGAGGGGGAGGAAGACAGGGAUGCAAACCAUCUCUCCUCCUUCUGAUCGUCCUUUUGCUGCCCUGUUUCUUCCACACCCUCCUUUUUUUUAUCUAUAGAUGUGAUCAUUCGCAUCUAUAGAUAAAAAAAAAAUGGGGAUGGGGAGGAACUGGGCAGUGAGAGGGAGGUCAGAGGGAGGAGAGCCGCUUCACGACCCUGUUUUCCACCUCCUCUUGCUGCCCUGUUCCUCCACCCCCCUUUCUGGUGCUCAGUGGGAACUCCGCACUUGUGCUCCUUCUGGUGCAGAUGCCAGGAAGGAGCACAAGUGCGGGAGCCCAAGGCCUCCCGGCACCAAGGCGCUGCCGUCAAGACGGGGGCCAGGUUAAAGUUGUAAAUUCACGCCUAUUCUAAGUCAGACUAGCAUCGUUUGCCCAUCUUUAAACAAAUCCUAUGUACUACAUCAUGUUGACUAAGGUGGGAGAAAACAACGAUGGCAUUAUAUCAGACGAUUAGGGGGAAAAGUCAAUGGCUAUAAAUUAAAGUAAUGGUUACAAAGUAAUGUAAAUUUUCGUAUUCACUGAAAUCAAUGUGGCCAGAAGCAAGCAAUCUCUUGAAAUAUGAAUAUGCAAUUAAGAAAAGAGUUAAUGAAUUUCCUGACAGUUACACGGUUUCCUUUUUCAGGUUUCAGAUAUGGUAAUCCUGAGUCAAAAUAAUGUAAUUACGAUGGCUCCAUGAAUGAACUGGCAAAGUAUAUAAUUUAAAGCACUGUUUAACAUAAAUCUCUCUGCCAUAUUUUACAUUCAUUUACUAACCUCAUUUCCUAGUUUAUUUCUGUUAUUAGCUUCAUUGUCUUAUUAAGCCUUAGAGCACUGGAACAAUUCUUUUGAAAAGACAAAUAAAGAAAUGAAUGUGACCCAAUGUGUCCUUUAACAGGCAGCAUUCCCAAGCAUUAAAUGCAGUGUCACCAUUUUAAGGUGGUAUGAUUUUGGCUAUCUCCAUGAACACAAGUGGGCCAGUCACUGUGGUUGUGUCUGACAAGUUUAAUCGCUGACCAGGGGUGUUAGAAGUAUGGCUGG